UACCGAACAUCGAUUAGCGAUCUCAGAAAUUCAAAAAAAAUUUAAUACUUCAGUUAAUUCAGUAGACCAAAGUUCAUUAAUAUUAAUUAAUUAAUUAUUUAUACUGUACAUUAUUAAAUAAUAAAUUGUUACUUCACUAUGGCGCUAAGAACGGAUAUGUAUAUAUCCUGUAUUAAAAUAUUCGGUGUUCCAAUUGUACCGCCGCUUAUGACAGAUCAGAAAAGAAAUGAAAUGAAAGAAUAUAAAGAAAAGGCAAUGGCUUAUGAGCAUAAAUUCAAGGGUAAAAGAAUUAGCUUGGAUAGCGGAGUAAUGACUGCAAGUACAGAAAUGCAAAAAAUUGAGAACUUUGAAUCCCCUACUACUGUAUUAAAAGAAACUGUUUAUUGUGAUGUAAAUAAUACUAGCAAAAUUACAAUACUUAAUGGGAUGAAAACUGACGAUUCUAUGUCUCCAGAAACACCAACAUUAAUUUCUGAAGAAGAUGAGCAUAAUUUUAACAAUAGUUCUUUCAAUAAAGAACCAAUUAAUAUUAAGUCUGAUAGUGUUGGUUUAACCGAAAACUAUGAUGACACUUUGAUUCCACAACAAGCAUCCAAUUAUAAUUUAACUGUAAAUAAUUUAACCAUCCUUAAUGAAAAUAAUUUAAAUGAUAAAUGUCUUUAUAAUGAAUCACAAAUUGAAUCUGCAAAUCUGAAUUUAAUUCAAAAUUCUUGUGACACUUUGGUUCUGAAACAAGAACCGACUCAACUUUUAACUCUAAUUAAUGAGACUUUCCAUGUUGAUGGAGAUAAUACUAUUUCAACAAAACAAAUACCUCGUUUAAGAAGUAAUUCAUAUACUUUAUCAUCACCAAGUCCUGUAAUGGUAGCAUUUUUAAAUAGUCAAGUUCAGCAACAAUUAAUGGAACCAAAAAGUUUAGAAAACAAUAUUAACUGUAGCAAAGAAUGUAAAUCUGAGCCAAUUAAUAUUUAUACAACCAAUGACUUUGAUGAUAAAAUAUUGAAAGCUAGAAGUCUUUCACUCAAUUCUGUUCCUAAAUCAUUUCAUAAACAAAAUCUUAUAAAUAAUUCCAUAAAGCCUAGUCUUAAUAAAUAUACAGAAAAUAUUGUCAUUUCUGAUCAAAAACAAGAUGAAAGAGGAAGCUUGACUACUGUUGGAACAAAUUUUAGUAAUGACGAAAGUGUUGGAAGUGUGAUAACUGUUUUUAAUGGCAAUAGUUUUGAUAACAAUAGCAGUCCCAAUUCAAUGACAUGCAAGUCUACGAAACAUUGUUGUUGCCGACAUAGCGAUGAUGAUUAUUCUUUAAGCAGCAGCAACAUACAUUACAAAACUCUUGAGGAGUUAAACCUAGAAGCUGAACAUUUACGCAUAACGAAGUUGGAUAUUGAAAGAAGGCAUCAAGAAGAAUUGUCCAAUUUAAUAAGAAAACAAAGGGAAGAGCAAGAGAAAAUUGCAGUUAGAUACUAUUUAGUAUCACAAAGUACAUCUGGAAUGUCUUUUGAUGGGUCAGAAUGUUCAGAAUCUAUAUCCAAACAAAUAUCAUCAAAUUCUCCAUCAAUUCAAUCUGGAAUCACAGUUACUAAUGACAAAAGCAUACUAUCUGAUACGUCAUCAAUUAUUUCUAGUUGUUCAGUUAAUAAAAGUUUGGUUUGCUCAUCUCCAAGACAAAGAAUAUCACCUCGUUCUCCACAUUCACAGCAAAAUAAUAUUAAAUUUUAUCAUAGAAUACGUGGAGGCUUGACAGCGAAAUGGACAAAAGCUCCCACUGAAGUGGAAAACUCUGCGGCAACUAUUAUAAAUGCCGGUGUUAGAGGUUAUCUGACCAGAAGACUAUUACGUACUGAAAAGGCUCAAUUGUUUAAAAAGACUAUUUUGGAUUCAUUAAAAACAGCUCUGAUAAUGCAUAUGGAAUUAAAGAAGCAACAACCUACUGAAUCUGAUCUUCAACUCCAUCAAAGAAUCAUUAAUCAGCUUACUACUGCCUGCUAUGAUUUGAAUGAUUUGAUUUUGGGAUCUGUACACGAAAGAAUGACUGUAAUCAGAGGUGACCGUGAACGAUUGAUGGCUGUAAAAAUGCGACGCAAAUCAAGUUCAGCCUUGGUGAUUAACAAACAGUCUCCAAUAUUGAAACAACCAAGGAAAUCUAGAUCAGGUUAUUCAUUAUCAAGGAAAGCGUCUGGACAUUUUUCUGAAAAGAGUUCCUGUAAAAAAUAAUAUUAUUUUAGUUAAAGAAUUAUAAUAUAUUAUGUAUUUACAAUAUUUUUAAUUUAAUUUUUUUUAGAUAUGUUGUUAAAAACCACUGUUUUUGUUUUUAGCACAAUAAUAAUUUAUGAAAAGUUCUCAUUAGUUUUAAGAUUUAUACCAAAAAUACCGUCCCAAUUUCGGUUGCUGUAUACGUUAAGAAAACUAAUUAUUAUAAUUAUUAUGUUAUUUUAACACUUACGAGCACUUUUUUUUUAUAUUUUGUAUUUAAAUUUAUAAGUUAACAAAUUAUAUUUAUGUUUGAGUGAAAAAUAAAACACUUAAUGAAGUGAUAUUAUUAUAAAAUACUAUAUAUUUUUUUUUAAUCUGAUGAUAGGUUAAAAUUUAAAUCCUAAAAAAUCUUUAAUUAAAUAUGUAGAGGUCUGAGCAAGAACAGCUAUUGAGUAUAUAUCCAAAGCUUGUUUAUGUACCUAAAGUUUUAUAAUUUAAUAUAUUUAUUACUUCACAAUAAGAUAUUCUAAUUGAAAUUUAAAAAAGUGUUGGUAAAUAUGUGUUAUAUGAGUGUUUAAAGUUUGUUCUUAAAUUACAGGCAAUAUAUUAACUGUUUUCAUUCUAAACAUUCAAUGCUAACACCUUAUGUUACUCACAAAACAAUAAUAAAUAAGUUUCUUACAAUAUAUUUAUUUUUAAAAGAGGUACUGCAAAACAAUAAUAAAUAAGUUUCUUACAAUAUAUUUAUUUUUAAAAGAGGUACUGCAUAUGAUAUUAUUUCUUAAGUAGUAAUUUUUGGGUCUUAAGUUUAUACAUGUGGAUUGUGGAUAUCACUCUGCUGUAUAGUAAGUGUCGAGUGGUCACUGUAACAGAUGUGUUAUAUUUGAACUCAAUGAUACAUCAUUGAAUAUGCAAAGCGAUUCUGAGCGAAGACUAUAUAAUAUAUGUAUAUUUCAUUGUAAUAUAUUUUUUGAUAUUGCCACAGAAUAUAAUAUAUACAUAUAUUAUAUUGCUAUUAAAGUAAUUUAUUUAACUAUUAGUUUACGGUAAUUUGAUUUAAUUUUUCCCGAAAAUAUAACAUUUAUUAACAUUACAUACUAUUAAUAUUUAAUUAUUACAAUAUUAUAAUUUGUAUCUAUUUAUAUCAUAUUAUUAUAUUAUAACUUCUUAUUGUUAUUUAUGUUUUACUCAAUACGACCUUACUGUUAAACAAUGUGAAUGAAAUGGAAUAAAUAAAUAAUAGCUGAAGUGG